CCUCAUCCCUGCGCAACCAUCGCCUGACCCCAACUCCUCAACUCCAACUCUCAAAUCGCGCCACGCCCCCGGAAAACAAGGAAAACAAGCUUUCACGAUAAUGAGAUGAGAGCCAGUGUUCUGCGCAUUCUGCUCUCCUAAACCAUCGCUUCUAAACCAUCACCCAUCGCAUCGUUGAGAAUAACAACCUCCACCAGGCUCAACAUCUUUUCCCCUCCAGUCGCCCAAGGCUACGGCACUCAUGCUUGCGGUUCAGCGUCCUAGUAUGGGUUCGUCGAAACCGCCGGACCUUGACAUGCCAUUUGGUUAUUCUUUUGAUACCCCUUCGAAUUUUCCCUUCCCCUCCCCAACAGCCCCGGCGCCGGGCCCUUCUCUACUCGACGACAAUGAGUCCAAGUUCCUGGACAGCUUCUUCGAUGGCGUAUCCUCGGAUCAGUUUAAUUAUGACUUCUUCAUAAACUCCCCGGAUGCAUCAGAGCUGGUCCUGGGAUGGGAUGAGCUUCCACCGACCUUUAUGCGGACUUCCUCCUCCUUCGGCCAACAACCGCAAACUUGGUCCCAUGGAUUGCCGGACACAAAUUACAGUGACAUGAGUCCCCCUGCUAGAAGCGCUCCUCCAGUUCCACCUUCAACAUCGGCAGAUGUUCUGGCAGCAGCAACAGUUCUCCGAAACGGAUCCAAUCCCCGAUCACGUAGUGUGGCCAGUGAAGCACUAUUUCCGCCACGGAAUGCCCCUAUCCCGCCAGCGACUAGCCAGGCCAGGCCAGAGUCAAUGUCACGAUAUGCUCCUACUCAAUCCAGUGCAGCUGCUCAAGAAAGAUCUGGAUCUGGGGACGAUAUGCGGGAUCCGUUCGCUACGGAUAUGUUUUUCGGAAGCCAAUCUGAGCUAUCACGUCGCCACAGACAAGCCAGUUUGGCUCACGCGAACGUCGACAUACAGUGGGGGUCAGAUUCCAGUUUUAAUAAUGCUCAACCUUUCGUUCCACCUAGCAAUCAGAGGAAGGAGGUGGCAGCACUGGAACGAUCUCGGGUAAAGGCCGUGACCGACGCCUUUCUCGAGACAAGGCAAAUGCUAGACAGCGCCGAGACUACUCGGCCAUCGAGCCCAGCUCCAGCCCACACUUCCACAGGCCAUCAAAGAACCGGAUCUAUCGGACAGGUUGAAGAAGACGAAGAUUUUAGCCCGAGGAAACGGAGGAAGAGCAACUUUCAGGACGAAAGGGAUGAGCAUGAGCCUUCGCCACUGUCGGCCACAACGCAUAAUCAGGUCAAUAGGAAGCCAAGGAUAACCAAGCAUGAAUCGCCGACACCUUCAUCAGAACCAAAUCAGAAGCGGCGAAAGUCAGGGGCUGCAUCUGCCACUACGGCCAAAGUAACAAGGGAGAAUCUGACCGAGGAGCAAAAGAGGGAGAACCACAUCAGGAGUGAGCAGAAGAGGAGAACAUUAAUCCGAGAAGGGUUCGAAGAUCUGAAUCAGCUGGUUCCGGGCCUCCGGGGCGGAGGGUUCAGCAAAAGUGCCGUUCUCAUAAUGUCCGCGGAAUGGCUAGAGAACCUUCUCCAAGGAAACGAGAUGUUGCGGCAGCGGCUGAACGCGCUACAAAACAAGUGAUGGAUAGGUACCUUAGGUAGGUUACGAAAAAAAGAAUCUCUAUAUAUAUAUUUACGUCCCUCGGCGAAAGGACUUGGAGUUCACGGCGGAGGGGCAAGAGGCAGUGUGGGACGAAAUAGGCCUAAUUGGUUGGUUGGUUAUUUUUUAAUGAUACACAAGAUGUUCAAACGUUAUGUUAUGUUUCGCAAUUCCUCCUCAGGCUGAUGAUCAUUGAUAUAUAUAUGUAGCCCCAUCUACCUAGGUACAACUACAUACCUUACGGUACCUAGUAGGUAAACUGCGGCCUGUAGCAUAUACCUAGCUAUCUACACUAUCUUAUCUAUCUAUCUAUUUAUAUACCAUGGUAAUACAUAAUAUAUUCACAGCC